CGCAGACGGCAGUCCGGUAGAGCCCGUUGUCGCACAAGCAUUCGUUCGUUUUCAUCGACGGUUUUCGGCAAAAUUUUUUCCAAGUUCCUCCGCUAUUUGCACAUCCAACUCCGCGCCCGUUUACCUUGAAAACAUAAAAUAAAACCUCGCCAAAAUGUCAAUCGACUCCGUAACUUUACCGAUUUUCGGACGCACGCCAAUCGCGUGAGAACGCCUUUGUCGGGCAGAGCGUAGAUACAAACGGCGAGCGUAUUUUCAAAUUUAACAAAAGAUAACAUAAUUAUAGUAUUUUGGAAGAGAGAGAGGGAGAGAAAGUGAUGUGAAGUGCGAAUUUCAGUUUCUUCGGGUAAUAUUAUAGUGAACGAGUGAUUGGAUAUAAAGAGGAGAUAAUCAAUUUCUGCGCAAAUAUUUUGUCACUUUAUAUAGAUAAACAAAGUAAAUCACGGAAAAACAAAAUAUAAGCAAGAAACGUUAAAGAAUCUCGAUUCUCGACGGCGGUUCAGUGUCAUUUAAAUGCCAAAAUCAAGCUAACCACGAAAAUGUUGAGUGUCUUUUGCGCGGAGAUGUUACACGAAACAUGAGGAACGGAGUGACUUCUGAAUACUGCAGCGAACCCCAGCAGUUACCACCCGAUAGCACAAUCCAUAAAUGACUAACUUGGCGCACCCGAAUUGGGAUAUUUCUGUACAUCAUGCUUUGCACUUUAGUUUUACUAUGCAUGGUCAGCCAAACUCUUGCACAAGGCUACAACAUACACAAACACAUGACAACGGAAGAGAUGCUGUCAGUUUUCCACACCGAGCAACAAGAUUUGGUGCCUGAAUACGAGGUGAUACCGAUUCGCCACACGUUGCCAAAGAGGAGCAUCAAUUCUGAGCCCGAAUUGGAGCUUCAAGCUUUCGGAAAAAAUUACAAUCUCUCCUUAAAGCCGACACGUGGCCUCUUACCUGCGAAGGAUCUGCCGAUUUGGACUGUCGAGAAAAACAGUUCCCAACCAGACGGUCUUCAUUACGUUGACGUAUCCGAGGGAAGCGUUGAUAUAGGCGAUAUUUACCAAGACAGGAGCAACAUGGCGUCUAUUCUCCUUCGGCGAGAUGAAAAUGGAAAAGUUCUCGUGGAAGGAAAUAUAGGGUCAGAAUUAGUGAUACGACCGUUACCAAAACGAAUUUUAAAAGAUGUUGUGAGAAAUUCGCAAGAUUCGCAGCACGGGAAAUCAAAGCAGGAUGACGUUACACGUACGAAAAGAAACCUAAAGCACACACAUCAUCACGUCAUUUACAAGAGAUCGCAGCCACUGCAAGACGACGAUUACAGUGAUUUUGCGUUCAUGGAGCCUGAUCGUCUGGGAAAGAGGUUUAGAUCGAAACGAUCGAUCGGUAGUAGAUCAAAGCGCGAAGCGCCAUACGCCAUCUUUCCGGAAAUCCUGUGUAUCGUAGAUUACGACGGGUACAGGCUACACGGCGGAGAUAAUGUACAGAUUAAAAGGUACUUCGUCUCAUUCUGGAAUGGAGUUGACUUGAGAUACAAAUUAUUGAAGGGUCCAAAAAUUCGCAUCAGCAUCGCGGGUAUUAUUAUUUCAAGAGGUAGAGACGCUACGCCGUAUUUGGAACAGAAUCGCGUUGGUCGAGAUGCUAUAGAUUCAGCAGCUGCCUUGACCGAUAUGGGGAAAUACCUUUUCCGCGAGAGGCGACUUCCGGUCUACGACAUUGCAGUAGCGGUUACAAAAUUAGAUAUGUGCAGGAGGCAAUACGCGAAUGACGUGUGCAAUAGAGGAACUGCAGGUUUUGCAUAUGUUGGUGGAGCCUGCGUCGUUAACAAACGUCUUGAAAAAGUCAACUCUGUCGCGAUUAUCGAGGAUACUGGAGGCUUCAGCGGGAUUAUCGUCGCAGCCCACGAAGUUGGACAUUUGCUUGGCGCUGUCCAUGACGGUUCUCCACCACCAAGUUAUCUCGGUGGUCCCGGUGCCGAAAAAUGUCGUUGGGAAGACGGCUACAUAAUGAGUGAUCUCAGACACACGGAAAAGGGUUUCAAAUGGUCCCACUGCAGCGUCUCGUCGUUCCACCAUUUUUUAAAUGGGGACACAGCCACGUGUCUUUUCAACGCGCCACACGAGGACGAAGCACUGCCCAGAGUUCUUCCAGGAAAGCUGUUAUCUCUUGAUGCGCAAUGUCGAAAAGAUCGCGGCACUAGUGCAUGCUUCAAAGAUGAUCGGGUGUGUGCGCAAUUGUUCUGUUUUGAUGCUGGUUCGGGUUAUUGCGUUGCCUAUCGACCAGCAGCUGAAGGAUCGCCUUGUGGCGAUGGGCAGUAUUGUUUAAAUGGAAGAUGUGUAGCAGAACAUGAAAAUAUAAUUCCUGAUUACACGCAAAAUGUACCGACGUAUAUCCGCCGAGAAAAUGUCUACAAUACGGAGCCCCAAAGCCGUACAAUAUACUCCAACUAUAACACUACAGAAAACAGGUACCAGUGGGAUUCAACGACACGCAGCAGUUUGCCACAAAAAUAUAAUUUUUCACCAGAAUUACCGAAUGUCUAUACAUUCACGAGUACUAACAAUCCGUUUAAAUAUUCCUAUUUAUUCACAUCACCAACAACAACGACAACGACGAGACUCAGAGCACCAGAAACGCAAGCAACGCCUGAAGUGUUCUCUAAGUACACACAAAAAAUCGCAGAGAAUUUAUUGACAGAUGUUGAGUUACCGAAAAAAACGUAUGGUUACUCAACUUAUUCAACUAUCAAUUUAUUCCCAGCAACAAGAACAACAAUAAUACCGCCGGCAGUAAAGAAUUACAAUAGCCAAAAUGAUCUGAAUUAUCCUAAUUUUACACCCUUUGAGUAUAAAAAUUCAUUUCCGUCAACAACAUUCGGCAACAUUGGAGCAUUUAAUGGCCAGCUAAUUCAUAGUCGUGAAACAAGCGGCGAUGAAUGCAUAGACUCGGGAGGUGACUGCGCAGAGUUGAUCGACAGGCUGCGGACUUGGCUGUGCCAUUUGCAAUCUGUGAAAAAACGUUGCUGUGCAUCACUAAAAGUUCUUUGUGCUACUUAAGAGCGAAGAUUCGAUACUCAUCGACAAUUGAUUUUUGUUUUUUCCUUUGUUUUUUUUUUUUUUUUUUUUUUUUUUUUUGUUUUAAAUUAUGUUGACAAAACCUAUUGAAUAAUAUGUCUAUUUUUAAUUCGUAAUUCGUUUCAAAAAAAUAAAACUAAAUUAUAGCAUGCAAUCUCAAGGGUGAAUCAGAUUUUCCACCACUCCUACGAGUGUGAUAGUAUUUAUUUCUGUGUAUAAUAAUAUGUAAUUUUUUUUUAUAAAAAAAAAAAAGUCUUGUUAAAUUUAAUCAUAUACAAGAUAUUGUAUACAGGUUUAUUCAUUCUUUCCUGAAAACCAGCGAUAUGCCAAUGUGGAAAUUGGUAAAGAUUCGUGGUACUUUAGAUCAAAGCCCGUCUAGGAUUGACUGGCGUAGCUGUUACGUGGUUCGAACCAAAGCCACACGUCGUACGGAUGUUGAGUUUCCUAGCCGUGCGGUCAUUAUAGCUGCGACAAUGCUACGACAGUGACCGCCCGGCUAGGGAACUUAAGUUCAUGUUACACUCUUGUCUGUACCGACCGAGCAAACUCACCAUUUCACUUCCUAUAAAUAAAUAAACAACCGAACGGAAAAGGUUCAAAUUUCGAUGGUGCAUCAAUCUUUUGUAGCGGAUUCCGGAAAGUUACUCAUAUCUCGAAAAUCAUCAAAUAAAUGUGUGGCUUUUUGUUACGCGUUGCUAUUCCCACAUUUACCGCAUUUCAGGGGCCAAAAAAUGCAUAGUUGAGAUACUUUACGCAAUGCCGGACAGAAUUAAGAGUAAAAUGAGGCCAUCGUGAGACUGUUUUCAUGCAAUAUUGUGGUCACUAGACGAAAACUAGGAAUUACAACAAUUUCGAUGGUAAAAAUUGCUAAGCUGAUCGUGACAGCAUCGUUUACUUAAGAAAUUACUAUAAUUCCUAGUUCUCGUCUGGCGACCUCAAUAUCACAUGAAAACAGUCUCACGAUGGCUCAUUUUACUCCUUAUUCUUUACGGAAUUGCGCAAAAUAUCGCCGCUACGCACUUUUUCGCCUCUGAAAUGCGGAAAAUGUGGGAUUAGUAACGCGUGUCAAAAAAAUACACAUUUUUUCGAUUUCCGGAAUAUGAGUUUCCUGAAUUUCGCUACAAAAGAGCGAUGCACCGUCGAAAUUUGAACCCUUCCACAGAUUUGUUUAUUUGAUAUAGGAAGAAAAAGAGUGAGUUUGUUCGGUCGGUAAAGCAAGGGGUGCUACAUGACCUUAACGGUCGACGUCUGGCUCUGACUUGAACCUCGUGACAAACGCGUCGGUCAAUCCUGGGACACACGAUCCCAACUACCACGAAUCCCUAUCCGUUUCUACAUUGAUAUAUCGCUUGGUGCUCAGUAAACAAUGAAUGUGUAUGUUACUUUAUUUAUAGAUACAUGUAAUUCAUAUCCUGAUAUAUACGAGAGACCGGUGCAAAGUGGGUACCUCAGCAAAGAAAAAUUCUUCGAAAAUUUCUGAUUUUUAGUUUUAAUUAAGAAUCUUUUACAUAUAUCGUGAAAUUUUUUAUAAUCUCGACCAUUUUCUACUCCAGUGAGGCCCACUCAAUAUUCGUAUUAUUUUAACAUUAUGUCAAUUUAAUAUUUGCUUUCCCGUAUUAACAUUUAAUUUGUAAUUUUUAUAUUUCUGUGAUUCGAUAACAUGAGUUGAAAAUUUGGAAAUACACGCAAAAGUUCGAGUAAACCUUCUGGAACAUCCUUUUUCUGAACGUUCAAUAGCAUUUAUUCAGAUGUGACGACUCCUUUUGGACCAGGUGAUCUUUUGCACUGGUCGAGGUACGAAGGAAUUGUUUCAUGAAAUAAGGAAAAGACUUUAUGUUGAAUAACGUUAUCAACAAAUUUUGGAUGUUUUUUUUUUUUACUGAGCUGCCUACUUUGCCCUGGUCUCCCUUACAUAUAUUCAAAGAAUCUAAAUAUCUACUAGACACAUUCGCAGGUGAUGGGAUUUAAAGAGAAGAACGUCAAUAGGGAAGUUUCGUGUAAAAAAAUUCUACUUUUUAUGUGUGCAUAAAGUAGAGUAUAUAUAAAUUAUAGCAAUUUUUUUUCAUUUCCAUUAACAAUAAUGUUUGCAAAAGUUAAAUGCAAUUGAAUUUCGCUGUUUUCGCUGUAUAUUAUAUGUGUAGAUGUACUUUAGCAAGGGUGAAGUCACAUAGUACCUUUUUUAUCCUGCUGUAUCAGCUACAACUUUGUUACAAAUGAAAAAAGAAAAGUCGUGUUCUAGUUUUUUUUUUCUCAACUACUAAAAUAUCAAAUAAAAAACUUUCAUGAAGCUUCCCGAUUUAGGCUUCUUAUUAAGCGCUGACAUGUAUGAAUGAUGAAAAUAAAAAUAAAACUGACCAAUUUUCAAUGUUGACCGGCUCUCCGUGGAAAGUUAUGCAAUGUUGUGAACGUAUCUGAGAAUGUAUCAGUAUUAAAGUUGCGCGUAUAUGUAAUUACUACAGUGGAACAUUAUGAAACGAGACUGAAGCUAACAGCCAGAAUUAGCAGCCAAACGUUCUAAUGUUCUUUCGCAUAAGGUAGUGAAGUCUGAAAGACCAAAUUUUGUGACAUCCGUAAACCCCUAAUGCUUUUAUAGAAUUACCAGAAUAAAACUGAACUGCAUUUAUCUAUUUCCAAAAAAUUUGACACGUUGCGCUGCUAACUCUGGCUACUAGCUCAGCUUCAUCAUUACGUGGGAAAGAUUUAAGUUCUUUCAUGAAGUAUCUUAAUAAACUUGAAUAUUUCAUUCGUAUCAAAGAUUGUCUCAUCGUCAGCAACUAAUGAGUGUAAAACUGAAUAACUCAUUGAUUAUGUACCUGGAUUUUCAAUGUGUGACUAUUCUGGGUUGUAAAAAUUAUACAUAAUGCUCCUUUGUAAUUUGGAUAUAGAACUGAGUUGGCCAAAUUUCAUUUGAAAUUAUUCACCGGUUACAAACGAAUUUAUAGUAUUACAAGACUAACAAAGUUAGACCGUUUUUGACCAGUUGACUUUGAACAUUUCAUGCAGAAAGGGUUACACAAUUAUUAUGAUAUAAACAAUUCUUUAUUGUUGCUGAAAACAAUCACCCAAUGAAAAAGAUAAUGAAUUAGUUUUAAAUUAGACAUUUUGAUAGUUGAAAGUUUAUAUACCAAAUACAACGGUUUGUUGGUGUCUGUUGAUAUACCCCAAAGGUGUAAUCCCUGGUGAAAAAUAUUCACAUAUUUUUUUUUUGUUUUGCAUAUUUCUACGAAAUAUAUUAUGUUUUUUCUUAUAGUUCUGCUGAAAAUUUUGCAUUAUUUUUGGAGAAGUUAAAAUUAUUCUAAUGUCUAAAUAAUUUCAAAAAAUUCUGCAAAGUCUCUGAAAAGAAAUCAGAUUUUCUCCACACUUCUUUUUUUUUUUUAUCGAAAAUCUGGAAAACUCUCAGUUUUCGGCAGUCUAACUAUUUUUGACCAAGUAGAUUCGAGGUGAAAGAAAGACCCGUUUGUAGAAAAAAAAUAAUAUUUCUUAGACAUUCAUCUGUAUCCCAAAGCUGAAAAAUCGAAAUUCUGCCGUUUCUGUGUAUUUUCUAAUAAUACCGCAUUAUGAAAAACUGGGAUAGGUUUCUUACAAUAUUAGAAAUUAUAUAGGAAACAUUAAAAAUUAAGUUUUCUGAAAUGCAGCUGCAAGCAUAUGCAUAUAACUAUGAAAGAGAAUUUUCAAUCACACUAAAAUGAUGAAAACUUUCGAACAAUAUUUUGAAAUAAUUAUCAAAAUUCUUGCUCAAAUCUGCCGAAAUGAAUUUUCAGAAGUAAGUGAAUUUUAUUCACUUAACAGUUACCUAUUUUAUGAACAAUUGAACAUUCAAGUGUAAGAAAAUUUGUUAAAAGGACAUAGGAGUGUGUGGAAAUCAGCCUGUUUGGAGAGUUUAACAAAAAACUAGAAGUCAAUUGUAUAUAAUUUAAUUUUAUUCAUAUAUUUGGGAAUUUUCGUUUGAAUGUUCUAUGGAAAGAUCAGCGAGAUGUCUGAUUUCUAAGCACCUUAAAAAUUACCUGUAGCAUUAGUAAACUUGAAAACGGUAGGAAAGUAUUUUCUGAAACCCUGAAUUAAAACAUGAUCAUGUGUUCAAACGAAUUUACAGUUUUCAAUGACAGAAGUGCAUUAAUUUUAUUAGCAUUGUACUAUAAUUGAAUACCGUAAUACAUAUGUAAGAAUAAUGCCGUAUAAACAUAUGUAGAUUGGACUAGUUAAAAAAAAUCGACUAUUUUUCUUUUCCAGUGUGACAUGUUUAACCUUUAGCGGUCACAUGGGAUAACUCAUUACCCCACGCUAAAAAACCUGGUUGUACAAGACAUAUAUAUGGGUGUUUUAAGACUUCGAACCAAUUGUUUCAUGUUUGUUGAAGAGUUCUUCAACGUUUCUAAUGAUUUUUAUCGGUCAAUUUAUAGAUGGCUGUCUAAAAACUGGUCAUAUAUGUGAAAAGUCAGCAAAAAUGGCUUUUAUCAGCAAAAAAAUUCAUAACUCUGCCAUUUUUCAAUAUUACAGGCGAAAAUUUUAGGACUGUCCGCACAACAAUACCACUACCAUCAAAAAAUAACAGUAUCCGCCGAUCAUUCAAAAAGUAUAUUUAUUUUGCAAAAUUACUGGAGGGGCUAAUAAUUUCACUAGUUACCCUGUGUGGUUGUAAGGGUUAAUAGUCACAGAAAGAGGAAAUAAAACGCCUGUUAUAAUUUGAGCGCUUAAUAUUAAUAUUUAGUAGUUCCUGAACGCGAUUUUCUAUUUAGUUAACAUGAGAAAAUAAUUUGAGUUAUUUCUGAAUUUUUUAGCUCACUACCGAGACAAUGCACAUCAAUGUCUGAUAUAUAUAUUUUUGUAGGGAAUUUAAUGCUCUACAAAAAGUGCUGAUGCAAUUUUUUUUAUAACUCAACUCUUUCAAAAUUUGUUCAAGGUUAAAGUUGAAAUUAUGUAAAACUUUACUUUUUUCGAGAUUAACAGCGAAAAUAUUAAACUUAUCACAAAAUAUUUGUUUUUGGCUUUUGUAAAACAUUUCAAUAGCUGUAAAAUCAUGUCAUUCGAUUGAUUUCCAACUUAAGUAAAUUUAUUUUAUAAUUAUUACGAGUAAUAAUGUGUAAUAUAUGUAACUCCACUUUAAAAGCACCUUUCCUAGCAAAAAAUAUAUUUGCUCAAGUUGAAAAUUAAUUGAAUAUCAUGAUUUGAUAUCGACUGAAAUACUAUACAAAACAAAUCUACAGUAUUUUGUGAUAUAUCUGGUAUUUUUGCUGUUAAUCUCGAAUAAAGUGAAUUUUUAGAAUAGUUUCAACUUUAACCUUAAAUAAAUUUUAAAAGAGUUUAGUCAUCAAAAAAUUAUACAAGCCCGUUUUUGUAGAGCAUUAAAUACCCCCAAAAAUAUGCAUUAGACAUUUAUGUACCUUGCUUUGUUACUGCCCUACAAAAUUUAGAAAUAACUAAAAUUAUUUUCUCAUGUUAACUAGAUGGAAAAUGAAAAAUACAUAAAUGAAACCUCUAACAAAUAUCGAAUUUCAAGGGAACAAUGCUAGCCCUCUAACGGUUAAACAUGUGACAUUGAAAAAAAAAUUUUCGAUUUUGUUUUAACCAGUCUAAUGUAGGUAGUAAUGUAAAAGCAAUAAAUAAAGCAACAUAGUGUCGUAUACAUAUAAGUGAGUAAAAUGAAUAAAAUUAAAAAAUUUCAUGUUCAA